AAUAAAAUCCAGAUUGUAGUUUACGUAUUGUGCAGUUUGUAGCGCUGUAGCAAGUGUAACUUUACAGGUGACCAACAGAACUGAAAACAAGUAAAUGUUGCGAAAGUAAUCUAGUCAUUGUCGCAGUGUACUGUAGAUCCACAAGGUUGAUUUAAAAAGGGCAGCUCCCACUUGCAAACGUGGGUCACGUGGAGGACUGGAGAUAAAAACAGGUUCAGAAUCGUGGAAACAAAGUUCAGCAAACCCUUGAGCCUUUCAAGAGAGGGCAGUUAUGAUGAUAAUUUACGUGUUAAGACUGACCCCGUGUGUACUCAGGUAUUGGGUAAUUGCCGAAGAUGUUUGCCAAAGCCACCAGUAACUUUGUGAAGCAGAUAGACUCGGAUGGAGAGCUGAUUCCUGUUGCUCGGCUGAAUGACUCUGACAAGCUUCAGCCUCUGUGUCUGGUGAUUAAACGCAAGAGAUUCUGGUUCUGGCAGAAGCCAAAGUAUAUUUCAUCACCAUUCACCUUGAGCGAUGUGCUUACUGGAGACAAGCCUAUUAAACCUGUUGUGGUGGAGUCUGAUUUCUUGAAGUAUGAAGGCACAUUUGGGGAUGCCAUCGCAGGGAAUGUCGAAACUGAAGUGGGAGGCCUCAACAUCAAGGGGGAAGGAAAAGGUUCCUCAAAACUGCAGUCUUCAUUUGGAGACUUAAGGAAGCAGGAAGUUGAUGUUCUUAACCUCCUGCAAGACUCUGAAAAAAGGGUGAUAAACAUGGACCACCCCUUUGUACAGCAGACUCGUGAAAGGCCCAAGGAAGUGUGUGGUGUUCUUAAAGAAAAAAUCAUCACCACUCAGAAGUGCUCGAUUUCUGAGCAAAUUCAAGAAGGACAUUGGGGCAGUAUGUUGUGGUUUAGAGCUAAACAGAUUAAUGUGUCAGUCCAAGAAAAUAGGAACAUUCAAAAGGACAGCAAUGUGGUGUUAGAAAUUCCACCGGAAACUGUCCUAGCUUACAGCAUUAUUGAGCUGAGUAUUAAGACUGAUGGACAGUAUAAGUUAUGUCUGCUACCUGACAAGUGUGGGGGCUUUGAAGCUGAAGCCAGGAAGAAAUCUGCCUCUCCUGAUCUCAUAUCAUUUGUGGAUGGGCCGAUGGAGUCCGACGGAGGAAGCGUUCGGAGGAAGCGUUCUGAAGAUGUCAGAAACAUCCCUAGUGAAGCUCCACUCGCUGUCCUGAAACAAGAUUUAGAGGAUUUUAAGACACAGUUUAAACCAUUUGCAGAAAUGCCUGAAGACAAACGAGCCACAUUGUUCAAAAUGGUGAAUAAAGUGUUGCAUGAUAAAGCAGUGGUUAUCGUUGUGGAGAAUGUGCUUGAGCAGCUCAGCUCGGGUGAGAAGCCAGAUCUCACAGAACUGGAGGAGUUAAACCCCUCUCAGAAAGCAUGUGCGACCACCCUGCUGCAGGCCAUCGGAUACAGCUGUGAAGAGCAGAGCCAGCUGAUGGAGACGGACAGUCUUCACAGAUCUCCUCGCCUUCUCACUGCUACACACUUCCUCGUCAGUGCCAUGGAAGAAAUGUCCGAUAUUAGUCUUGCAGAACUUGGCAGCUGUUGUGACCUGCAAAUAAUACAAGCUUUGUGUUCUUUGUUAAGCAGAAUUACAGCAGAAGGCAAUUCUUCACUGGAGACCCCUCUGAUUGAUGAGAAGACAUUCCACAUAGCUGAGCACCUGUUUGCUUUAUCAAACAUUAAUCUGCGGAAGGAUCAAUCUGCAGUGAGAGCAACGACGGGAAAACAGCCUGGAUUCCUUCCUUUAAUCCUGUGUAUAGCUGUGAGUGGACUGGCCACACUCAGUGAAAGCCAUUAAUGUGUGUCAGAGACGAGAUGAACUGUGGAUGUGUUUUUUAAACAGUUGUUUUUACAGUUUACAAUGAUUUACAUAAAUUUCUUACAAGGUGUAAAGUUAAAAAAAAAAUGUUUUAGAACUCAUGAAGUACAUGUUUGGGUAAAACAGUUACAGUUUUUAAACAACAUAGCAACACGUCUAAUCUGAGUAGAAAGAUGUUUUCAAAAUUGUGUGUUUGAUUAUUCUAUUUCAUAUUUUAAAGAAAGUUUAAAAGUAUUUUAAGCUAUUUUAUUUUUCAGCAUUGGACUUUAAUGAGUUAGAUAUAUUUAAGAGAUAACUGAUAAUCACAAGUGUCUAAAGGGAUCUGCAGCCAGAUUUAAAUGUGUUGAGACUCCUUAUUAGAGCAUGUUUACUGUGCUGAAAAGUUCUGUUUUAUAUCAGUAACUUCCAGCUGAUGGCGCCAAAUAGCUGUUUUUGUAUUUUGUAAGUAAAGGCUUUUAGGAAACCGUUCAGCAUUUUUAAUGUAAUGCUGCUAUUUGGAAUAUUGCUUCCUAUUUAAUUAUUAACUUUGUGAUUAUUUUGUACUAACAAGAUCAAAAAAUGGAUGGGAUCCAUCCGGGAUCACUGGAGCUGGUGUAGUAUUGAAUUCAGUGCCCCCUGCUCAUUGUGCGCAUGUGCAGAGCGAUCUUCCAGUCACUACACGUAGUCUGCUGAUUUUAGCAAGUACUGUGGUAACGCGCAACAGCUGCCAUUGAUCAGCAGCUCCUGUAAGAUAAACACGCAACGAACUACAUAUAUUUAAUAAUUUAUCAAACAUACACAACGUAACAUUGCAAGAGGGAAGUUGAAAAGUUAUAGCAUUAAAUAUACAAGGCAGCAGUGCAAAAAAUUAUUAUUAUUAUUAUUAUUAUUAUUAUUAUUAUUAUUAAAUUGUAAUAUCUGUGCUUUCUAAAUAAACACCCAGAGCUGGCAAUCCUAUAAAACACAUGCUUCUAUAAAUAUGUGCUUUUUCGUGAUGAGUACACAUAUCAGUUUGUAAUUAUGUAAUUGAUUUGAUGUUUGAAUUUAAGGUCGUUUUUCUUCUGUAGUUUGUACCCUCUGAUGUAGGCAAAGCUGGCCAAAACAUCAGAGUACUCUCUUUUUUAUGUAACAAUUAAUAAAAUAGUGUCCUUUA